UGUCGAAUUUCUCAUUUUCUGUGAUUUUUGCUACCACCUGUUUAAGCAGUUUGCCCAGUGCACCGUACGAACUGUUCACUUAACCCACACACAUCAGACGCAGGUUCAAAUUUUGGUGAAAUGCGGGUUUUUAGUACCUUUGUGCUCCUUGCGAAGACUGUUCAAACAGUUUUUGGCAAAGGGACUGCCUCGCAAAAUGAAGCUGUCGUGUUUAUGAGUCCUUUUGAGGAGCAAGAAGAAGUUAAUGUUCCGGUUUUGGACACCGCUGAGGCCCGUGCUGUCUUUUCACAUGCUCUUAAAGUUACUAAGUUUCAACAACUGCCUAGGGAAUCAAGUGCCAGACAUGUAAUCAAUUCAGUGCUCAACCAUCCCUCUCAACUUAAUUCUUUGUUUUAUGGCCAUGAUAGAAACGUUUUCUUGACGGUUUCCGGCGUUCCUGACGCCAAGUCUAUGUAUAUUGAUGAAGCACCUGCGUUCACAAUCGCCUCGAGUCCUUCUUCUGGCGCCUACGGUGAAUUACUGUUACGCUACAUGAACCAGAUGGAUUCCGUAACCGGAGAGGCUACGGAAUCAGCAUAUUCGAACGAAUUCGGUGGCUCCGUUUACGUUCACCCCGCCAGUGAAGCCGAGAAUUUCCAAAUCAAGCCUAAGUCGGUCCUCAAGAAGUUUAAGAAGCUGUUUGACGAGGAGACUGUGUCCUUUUUUGAUGUCGAGAAACGUCAGGAUCGUGCAUUCCUUUCGGAAGCCGUUGCACUCGCUCAAGCCGCUAAACAUUUGCGUUCCAUGAACGAGAUGUCCAAAAAUACCUCUGUGGUGAUCAUCGGCCAACUGAACUCAUUGGAUGUCUUGUACAGCUACUACGGUGCCAAGUCAACACAAUUUUUGGUCGCCCGUCACUGCAUUUCCACAUUGCUUAACAGUUUGAAGCAGUACACUACCCAAUCUACUGUUGUGCUUUUGCCUGCUUCCACCCAAUCUGUUUGGGAGCGCAAGCGUCGUGACGAUGUUUCGGCCUUUGAAGUGAAUGAACUUACCAACACAAGUAUCGGCCUUGCAGCUGCUGAGGAAGAAGCCUCGCGGAAGGAAAGUGCUCGGUUCGCUUCUUCUUGCUACAGCACUCGUGCUUCCUGCGAGAAGGCAACCAACAUGUGUUCUGGCCAUGGUACUUGUCAACUGUAUUUGGGUCAUGAGGGAUGCUACGCUUGCCAGUGUGAAGCCACAGUGAACAUCACUGCCUCUGGUGGAAGACGUACGCAAAACUGGGGUGGUGCUGACUGCUCGAAAAAGGAUGUCUCUGUUGCUGCCCAAUUUUUCGUGUGGUUUACUGUUAUCGGCCUUGCCCUUUUGGUUUACUGCAUGAAAUUACUUUUUGAUCUUGGCCAAGAAGACUUGGCAAGCGUUUUGACGACGACGACUGCCAUCACCAAGAAGAAUAACUAAUAACUCUUAAAUUUUCUUCAUAUAUUCUUUACUACAAAUCCUUCAUUGUCCAUACCUCUUCUGCUACUAAUUAAUCAAUAGUUUUUAUUGUCUGUCGAGAACUCACAUUGGAAGAAUGUUACACACUUAUAUAAAAUGGCUUACAUUUCACCGCACUCAAUAAUCCGAACGGGCGUUUUAGGUCGCGAGUCAGAGUUUACCGGUGUCGAUUCUAUUUUCUUGACGACAUCGAAGCCUUCAAUUACCUCGCCGAAUACAACAUGCUUUCCAUCAAGGAAGCUGCAUGGAACGGUGGUAAUGAAGAACUGACAUCCAUUGGUAUUUGGACCAGCAUUGGCCAUGCUCAGCAGACCAGGGCGGUCAUGCUUCAGGUCAAAGUUCUCAUCGUCAAACGUUCUGGAUCCGUAGAUACAUUUGCUGCCUGUUCCAUCACCCUGUUGUUGUUCGGCGUUAGUAAUGAAUGGCUUUAUAAAACUCUUGCGCAUACACUGACAAAGUCCCCUCCUUGUAUCAUGAAGUCUUGGAUUACUCGAUGAAUGGUGCAGUUCUUGUAGCCUGAAACAUAAUAUCGCGAUUAGUUAAAUUGCACGCGAAAGACGACUAGUUACUCGUACCAAUAGGUUUCUUGUCUGGCCCUUUUGCUUCACCUGUACAGAAUUGUCUAAUGUAUUAGAAUGGAUCUCCAUACUUACAGAAAUAUAAAAUGGGUAAAUUCCGCUCCAUUAUCUUCUUUCUCUGUGAUUAAACACGUACCGAAAGUUCUCUGCCGUUCUGGGUAUAGUGUUAGCAAGGGACUUCAUUUUUAUUUUUCUAUGUUUUUUUUUUUUAAAAUAGAAAAAAAAAAUGCUUACUUUGGUACCACGUCCGCAAAAAGCUUCAUUAAGAUACGGCCAAUUGGUUGAUUGCCAAUAGCAAUCUAAAUCAUUUUUGUUAAAAGAAUGUUACGAAAUAUAAGACGGUUUUGUAAUGACAACAAAACACAUAUAUCCAUUCCGUAGAAGCUUACGUCAAAAAAUACUACUGGG